AUGAGACACAGGAUUUUUGAAAAGUUGCUUGGCCGCCGUCUGGAUCUCAUCUUGGUGCAUCACGUGCAACAGGAUGAGGUAUACAAGAAGUUCAUUGUUCUGUUUGAUCUCUACAUCAAACCAUCGAUUCAGAUGCAAGAACUUCCUCGAGUUGCACGAAAUGUCGCUGCUAGCAUCGCCGCCCUCUCGGUUGCAUUAUUCUGGCCACAAACGCUUCGCGGUGCAGGUGUCCUGGGACCCCGUACUUUCUGGAGACACGGCGAAGCUUUCCAUGUGAAUGACCAGACAACUAAGUAA